AUAAACAAAAAUCGAAAACAAGAGUUAAGGAAGGUUACCACAUAUUCAUAUUUUUUGCGUUUAUAUGAUAAUUUGUUAUUAAUUGUGUUGAAGUGUUACCUAUUCUCUCUCUCAAAAAACCCGACCGGAUGUGUGUACCGGAUCACACUUUAUCACAAGCCGAUGAUCUAAUUAUUGAUUGAAUUGCGGACCUAGAAGAAAUGGAAGAACAACAGGGACCAGAGGUGACAUUCCUCUUUCAAUUUGGCCUUGUGAGAGAUGCUAUUACAGUACCACAGUCAUCCCUUAAUCUCAAAACUAUCAAGAAUCUCGCCUGUACGUUCCUGACUUCCAAGAUUCCUGAUCAUGGAGUGAACAAGCUGGAAGAUCGGCUGUUAUUAUUCCGUCAUGCUUACAAUUCGAAUAAUAUAUUACAAUUGAUCAACUCAGCUUCUGAAAUUACUGAUGAGACCCUAAUUGAAAUUGUAUUAACUGGGAAAGUGAUGACAGAAUGUUCUGGACCAGACAUAACAAUAGUAAGGCCACAUGCACUCUCAGUUCAUUCUUACAAAACACCCACAUUUUGUGAUUUUUGUGGAGAGAUGCUUUUUGGUUUAGUCAGACAAGGUUUAAAAUGUGAUGGUUGUGGUCAAAAUUACCAUAAGAGAUGUGUGGUAAAAGUGCCAAACAAUUGUACUUAUACUUUGGCAGAGGAAAAACAAAGAAGAAGGUCAACAAAUCUCCAGGUACCACGAAGUCCUUCAGGUGGUUCAAAUACUUCUUUGGCUUCAGCAAAUUCUACACAAACUGAGGAUAGUGGCUUGAGUAAUAAUAGAUCGCCAUCUUUGGGAGGUAGGCCUGUUUGGGUUGAAAAAGAAUUAUCAUCCAGAGUCAAAAUUCCACAUACUUUUGUUUUACACACCUACACUCGACCAACUGUGUGUCAGUAUUGCAAAAAAUUACUCAAAGGGUUGUACAAGCAAGGGCUGCAGUGCAAGGAUUGCAACUAUAAUGCACACAAAAAGUGUAUACCUAAAGUUCCCAAAGACUGUACAGGGGAACUACCAAGAGAUGCAUCAGGUAAUUUUGAGUACAUUGAUAGUUGUAUGAACAAUGAUCAUUUGCAUUCAACUCUGGUGGAGGAAGAGUCAGAUGCAGUAAAAGACUCAUCAUCAUCAUCAGAAAAUGGUGACAAGUUCAUUGAGGUUAUGCCUGUCCAUGAUGAUGAUCUUGAUAUCACUCCUUCCAGUUGCAGUUCCUCAACUCCCAGUGCCAACAUUCCAUUACAACGAAUAGUUCAAUCAGUGAAACAUACCAAGAGAAGGGGCUCCAAAGUGAUCAAAGAAGGAUGGCUGGUCCAUUUCACUAACAAAGACAAAACGAUAAGGAGACAUUUUUGGAGGUUGGAUACCAAAUCCAUUGUGUUAUUUCAAAAUGAACAGAGUUCAAAGUAUUACCGAGAAAUACCUCUUUCUGAGAUUCUGACAAUAGAUACAGCAAGAAUAAAACAAGGAGAGUUUAUGCACUGCUUUGAGAUAAGGACAGCCAACAUUGAUUAUUUUGUCGGUCAAGAUCCACUAUUUGAUUUGCAAGAUGGAAGUUUGGUGAAUCUUCCACCACCUGACAGUGGUGUUGGUGCAUAUCUUGCCAAAAGCUGGGAAUCGACCAUAAGACAAGCAAUAGUGCCAGUACAGGCCAAUACAAAACACGAGGAAACAAGUGUCAGGGAAGAAGAAAUAACGGACAUGAGCCAAAUCUACCAGAUCUAUCCGGACGAGGUUUUGGGCUCCGGCCAAUUCGGAAUAGUAUACGGGGGUGUGCACAGGAGGUCGGCGAGACCGGUUGCGAUCAAAGUAAUCGAUAAAUUGCGGUUCCCCACCAAACAAGAGGCCCAAUUGAAGAACGAAGUGGCGAUCCUGCAGAAUCUGUCCCAUCCGGGAGUAGUCAACUUGGAGCGCAUGUUCGAAACCCCCGAAAGGAUUUUCGUGGUCAUGGAGAAACUCAAGGGGGAUAUGUUGGAAAUGAUAUUAUCUCAUGACAAAGGAAGGUUGACCGAACGUGUCACCAAGUUUAUUAUUACGCAAAUACUUAUAGCUUUAAAGCAUUUACAUAGUAAGAAUAUUGUUCACUGUGAUUUGAAACCUGAAAACGUACUAUUAAGCUCGGACGCCGAGUAUCCCCAAGUGAAACUAUGUGAUUUCGGAUUCGCUAGAAUCAUAGGAGAAAAAUCAUUCCGUAGAUCUGUAGUUGGGACGCCUGCAUAUCUAGCGCCAGAAGUCUUACGCAACAAAGGUUACAACCGUUCGUUAGACAUGUGGAGCGUUGGCGUCAUAGUGUAUGUUAGUCUUAGCGGUACUUUCCCAUUCAACGAAGAUGAAGACAUCAACGAACAAAUUCAGAAUGCCGCGUUCAUGUAUCCGACAAAUCCUUGGGAAGAUAUAUCUUCAGAUGCUAUUGAUCUCAUUAACAAUUUACUUCAAGUCAAGCAGAGGAAGAGAUAUACUGUGGAUAAAUCAUUAGUACAUACUUGGUUACAGGAUUACGAAACGUGGUGCGAUUUGAGAACGUUGGAAAACCAAGUGGGUGUUAGGUACUUAACACAUGAAUCGGACGAUGCACGAUGGGAGCAAUACAGAUCUGAGCUAUGACCUGAGAAGGGCUGGCUUCACAGCAUCAAGAAGUGCCUUCGUGGUCUCAGAACGUGAGGAAUCUCCAAUACGAAUAAAAUUGCACAACAGUCGGGUAUGCAGUGUGCCAAGUAUUAUAUACGAUAUUCGGGUUAUUAUAGGAAGGAAACAUAAUAAAUUAAUGUAUAAUU